AUGGACAAGCCCCCCGUGGUCAUCACCAGCCUGAGUAGGAGCGAGAGUCCCCUGGACGGCAUCUGCCUCAGCGAGUCUGAGAAGUCGGCCGUGCUCACGCUCAUCCGGGAGGAGAUCAUCACAAAGGAGAUUGAAGCCAACGCCUGGAAGAAGAAAUACGAAGAGAGCCGCCAAGAAGUCUUGGAGAUGAGGAAAAUCGUGGCUGAGUACGAGAAGACCAUUGCCCAGAUGAUCGAGGACGAGCAGAGGACGAACAUGACGUCUCAGAAGAACCUGCAGCAGCUCGCCAUGGAAAAGGACCAGGCGCUGGCAGACCUCAACUCGGUGGAGAGGUCCUUGUCGGAUCUCUUCCGGAGAUACGAGAACCUGAAGGGUGUCCUGGAAGGCUUUAAGAAGAAUGAAGAAGCUCUGAAGAAGUGCGCUCAGGAUUAUUUAAUGCGGGUCAAGCAAGAAGAGCAGCGGUAUCAGGCCCUGAAAGUCCAUGCAGAAGAGAAAUUGGACAAAGCCAACGAGGAGAUCGCCCAGGUGCGCACCAAGGCCAAGGCGGAGAGCGCGGCGCUGCACGCGGGGCUGCGCCCCCAUCUGUGCCGCCACCGGGGUUCUCAGGGUCCGCUUCCCUUCCAGAACCAGGAGAUCGAGGAGCUGACCAAGAUCUGCGACGAGCUGAUAGCAAAGCUGGGGAAGACAGACUGA